AACGGCAGACCACGUGACUCCGGGUUCUUCACGGCGGAGAGAGGAGACAAAGAUGGCGGCUCAGUGAGGCGCGGAGCGGGACGCCGGGCCAGGGACUAUAGCAUCACACACCGGGGCACCAGGGACCGCAGGACCGCGUCUACCCACCACACACCCCGACGCCGUGCUCCGCAGACCACGCCUGAUCGGACCUUCAACGGCUGAGAACCCGCAAACAAAGAUUAUCCCAGCCAAUUUGUUACCAUGAGAGGGAGAAGGGGCAGGCCGCCCAAAGCCCCGCCGGCCGAGGAGCAGCGGAGCCUGGCCCCGGUGCACGGCCUCAGACCCCGCAGGAACCUGAAGCCCCGGGCCCGGGACAGCGGGGACGAGGACACCGAGAGCCCCAAGAGGGAGAGGUCCAAGUCGACCCGGGGGAGGAAGCGGGGAGGCGCGGGGGGGGGGACAACACGGGGCCGGGGCCGAGGCAGGGGGGCAGGCCGCGGCAGAGGGAGAUGUUCGGCCGCCUCAAGGACCCUAGUGUACGACGACCACGAGAGUGAGGACGACGAGGACGACGCGGUCAGUCUCCGGUCAGAAGAGGAGGAGGUUGUCGAGGAGGACCCCGUGUCCGAGGAGGAGGCGGAGGAGGAGGAGGCCCUGAAGGAGGAGGUGGAGGGCUUGGAAGAUGUGCUGCUGGAGGAGGAUGAGGCUGUUGAUGGGGAUGACGGUGCCAGCCACUGCACGGAGAGCAGCGGCCACACCAGCACCCCGGGGAGGAGGAGACCCCGGGCCUCCCGGGCCCGCACCCCCCUCCUUGAGCAGAAGGAGGUGCCCCCCCUGGUGCUCCCGGAGAGCUCGGAUGACCUCCUGAUCCCCCGGAGGGAGCUCCUCAGCGUGGCCUCUGUCUACGAGGUGCUCCGCAGCUUCAGCGGCGUGCUGCGCCUCUCGCCGUUCCGCUUCGAGGACUUCUGCGCGGCGCUGGUGGGCGGGGAGCAGUGCACGCUGGUGGCCGAGACGCACAUCGCCCUCCUCAAGGCCAUCCUGCGCGAAGAGGACUCCUCCAACACCUCUUUCGGCCCCGCCGACCUCAAGGACUCGGUUAACUCCACACUGUACUUCGUGGACGGCAUGACCUGGCCCGAGGCUGUGCGGGCGUACUGCGAGAGCGACGGCGAGUACCGCCACGUCCUGCCCUGGCAGGAAGGGGAGGAGUUUCCCUACGGGCCGCUGCAGAGCAAGGUGAAGGUGCUGCAGUUCCUCACGGACCAGUUCCUCACCACCAACAUGGCGAGGGAGGAGCUGAUGUCGGAGGGGGUGGUGAUCUCCGACGACCACUGCCGCGUGUGCCACCGGCUGGGCGACCUGCUGUGCUGCGAGACCUGCUCGGCCGUCUACCACCUGGAAUGCGUCAAGCUGGCCGCCGUGCCGGAGGACGAGUGGCAGUGCGAGAUCUGCGCGGCGCACCGCGUGGCCGGCGUCACGGACUGCGUGUCCGAGAUGCAGCGCAGCCGGCCAUACAUCAGGGCCGAGCCGGUGGGAUACGACCGGCACGAGAGGAAGUACUGGUUCCUGAACCGCCGGAUCAUAGUUGAGGAGGAGGGGGAGAAGGAGCAGAAGGAGGUGUGGUACUACAGCACCAGGCAGCAGCUUGAGGAGCUGAUGGAGGUGCUGGACGGGCAGUACUGGGAGGCGGACCUGUGCGCCGCCCUGGAGGAGGUGAAGGAGGAGGCGCACACGCACAUGGACGUCACCGACGAGCUCACUGGCAAGGCCCGGGGAAACAACAAGGCCUACCUCACCGCCGCCAACGAGAUUAUCACGGCGCGCCUGAAGCUGAAGCGAGAGGAGCAGGAGGCCAGGAAGAGAGCUGAGGAAGCAGAGAAGGCCAAACGAGAGUUGGAAUGCGCCCCAGAUAGAGCAGAAGGCUCCUUGCAGGCUGAGGAGCCGGGAGGAGAGGAGGGCUCGGGGUUGGAAGAUGUCUGUCCUACAGCGCCUCCUGCUGGAGAAGAGGACAGCAGCGACCCGACCCUUAACCCUGUCACGGACCCCUCAGACCCCUCGGACUCAGCCCAUGUUGACCCCGCCUCCAGUCAGGAGAACCUCGCCCCCUCUGGAGAGACCUCACAGGAAGAGACCGAUACGAGCGAGAAGGAGGAGGGCAGCGGGAAGGAGAAGGAUGUGGAGGGGCCCCAGCCCACUGAGGAGCAGACCAACGGGGCCCUCAGGGUGCCGGAGGGGCCUGACCUGACGGACCGAUCCUCCCAGUGGUCCUUCACCAGCAAGGACGGAUCAGAGGACGGAGUGAAGCUCUGUGGGGGAAGAGCAGCGUCCGGAGGACCCGGGGCUGUCGACCAAUCGCUGACCAGCAAUAAUGGGCCGUCCCUCCCCCUGUCCCUCCCACCGCCCCCGCCCUGCUCUGACUCCUCCCUGGCAAAGGAGCAGGCGGAGCUUCGGGCAAACGCGGCAAACCUGUUCCGCCUGGGCCAGGAGGGGAAGUACCGCGUGUACCACAACCAGUUCAGCACCAACGUGCUGGCGCUGAACAAGCACCAGCACCGUGAGGACCACGACAAGCGCCGCCACCUCAGCCACAAGUUCAGCCUCACCGCCGCCGCAGACUUCCGCUGGAACGGCUCCAUCCACGGCUCCCGCGUGUUGACGGUGUCCACGCUGCGGCUCACCAUCAUCCAGCUGGAGGGCAGUGUGCCCGGGCCCUUCAUGCACCCCAACUGGGCCGCGCACAGGUCCAACUGGAAUAAGGCGGUCCAGAUGUGCAGUAAGGCCCGUGAGUUCGCUCUGGCCCUCGCCAUCCUGGAGUGCGCCAUCAAGCCCGUGGUCAUGCUGCCCGUGUGGAAGGAGUCCCUUGGACACACCCGGCUGCACCGCAUGACGUCAAUGGAGCGUGAGGAGAAGGAGAAGAUGAAGAAGAGGGAGAAGAAGCUGGAGGACGAGGAAACGCUGCAGCAGGCCACCUGGGUCAAGUACACCUUCCCCGUCAAGCACCAGGUGUGGAAGCAGAAGGGGGAGGAGUACCGCGUGACGGGGUACGGGGGGUGGAGCUGGGUCAGCAAGACCCACGUCCCCCGCUUCCUGCCCCGGCUGCCCGGCAAUACCAACCCCAACUACCGCAAGGAGCAGGAGGCUAAAGCCAGACUAGAAGGAACAACGUCAGGCAGCACCAAGCAGGAAGACAAACCCACAACCCAGAGCAGCGGGGAGGACAAGAAGCCCCCACCCCGGGCCCACACCGCCGGGGAGAAGGAGGAACAGCAGCAGCAGGAGGAGAAAAAAACCGAGGAGGAGACAGAAACUAAGAUGGAGGUCGUGUCCUCCAGUGGCACAAAAGAGGAGCAGCAGGGAGCCUCCUCGCCCCCCACCGCCGCGGCCGGGCAGCCGGUGAAGGAGGAGGCCAUUGAGACGGUCAUGGAGACGGCCAUGGAGGGCCCCGUGGAGACGGCCACGAGCCCCAAGGAGGGCACAGUGGAGAGGACCGUCGAGGGCCCAACAGAGGGGGCUGUAGAGGGGGCCAUGGAGGGCCCAAUGCAGGGCCCCAUCGAGGGGGCUAUGGGAGGGUGCCCGACGGAGGUUCCAACGGAGGCUGCCACGCAGGACCCCAGUCCCGUGGAGGGCCCCACAGAGGGGGCCAAGGAGGUCCCUGUGGACGAUGCCGGGCAGGGCCCCAAGCCCUUCUACCACGACGUGGUGAACGUCAGCGAGGGCUUCCAGCUGCGCACGGCCUACAAGAAGAAGGUGCGCCCGUCGCGUCUGGACGUGCUGCUGGAGCGCCGGGUCAAGCAGUUCACCCUAGAGGAGAAGCAGCGGCUGGAGCGCAUCAAGCAGGCCGCGCUGCUCGGCCGCUUCAGCAAGGCAAAGGCCGACGCCCCCGAGGGCCCGCCGCCUGCGGCAACCCCCGCCCCCACCUCCACCCCCGCCACGGCAGUGGAUGCAAGCCCCCCGGGGAGGGAGGGGAGGGACAGCGCGGUGGUGAAGCGGCUGGAGUUCGACCAGGAGCAGACGGAGAGCCGGACGCGGACGUCAGGAGAGACGGACAACCUGGACGUGAGGUUAGGCUCCGCCCCGCCGGCCCCGCUGGCCCCGCCCAACAUGGAGCUGAACGGAGGGGUGCGGCCGGACGACGAGUCGGCCAAGCGGCCCCCUGCGGACGAGGAGGGGGAGGGGCCGCGGGUGGGCGAGAACGGCAGGAAGCGUCUGCUGGGGGAGGAGUCAGAGGACUGGGGGUCAGGGGUCAAUGGGACGGCGGCCGACCCCCAGCCCAGCGCCAACGGGGGCGACCGGCCGCAUGUCAACGGGACCGGAGCCCAGGACGGCAGCGUCCCUCCGCCCGCCAAGCUCCCCCGCCUGGAGAACCACCUGGGCAGGGGCGACGGCGUCGUCAUGGCGACCAGCAACAACCUGAGUGCCGCGCCCCCCGCCACCGUGGAGACUCCCCUGAAGACCGUCAGCAAGGUCACCACCAUCACCUCUGCCAUCACCACGGUGUCCACCACCUCCCACACCGUGGUCUCUGGGAACGGCGCGCCCGCCUCGGUCACCGUGGCGCGCUCGACGUCGCAGUGCAGCACCGUCACCGCCGUCUCCUCCGUCACCACGACGACGAGCACGGGCCGGAGCCACCACCGGACGGUGUCGACGCGGGCCAGCGGCUCCAUGACGCUCAGCAAGGAGUACUCGACCCGCGACCGCGUCAGCCUGCUGCGCUUCUCCCGCUGCCGCAAGGCACGCUCGGGCACGGCGCUGCCCUCCUACCGCAAGUUCGUCACCAAGAGCAGCAAGAAAAGCAUCUUCGUUCUGCCCAACGACCAGCUGCAGCGGCUGGCCCGCCGGGCAGGGCUCAGGGAGGUCCCCAUCUUCAGCUACACCGCUAAGCCCGCCCCCGACAUCUGGCCCUACCCCUCGCCCCGGCCCACCUUCGCCAUCACCUGGAGGUACCGUCUCCAGACGGUACGCUCGCUGGCCGGGGUCAGCCUCAUGCUCCGCCUGCUAUGGGCCUCUCUCCGCUGGGAUGACAUGGGGGUCAAGCCCCUCUCUGCCAUGGGGACCACCAGGAAAGAGACCACGGAGACGGACAUCAUCACCACGGAGAUCAUCAAGCGGCGGGACGUGGGGCCGUACGGGAUCCGCUCCGAGUACUGCAUCCGCAAGAUCAUCUGCCCGCUCAGCAUCAGGGACACGCCCAGCAAAGCAGAGACCCCCACCCCUCAGAGGAAGGGUCUGCGCUCCAGCGCUCUCAGACCCAGGAAGCCUGAACCCGCCAAGCAGACCGGCCCCGUCGCCGUGGAGACGUGGGUGACGGAGGAGGAGCUGGAGCUGUGGGAGAUCAGAGCCUUCGCUGAGCGGGUGGAGAAGGAGAAGUCCCAGGGCGUAGACCCCUCUAAGAUGGGGGGCAGUCUGAAGACGGCCGAGGAUGUGAAGGCUCACCUGGAGGCUCAGCUCAAACAGGCGCGGCUCGCUGCCCAGCAGAAACGUCUGGAGCAGCAGAAGGCCGGCCUCACCACCUCCAUCUCCUCCAUCACGGCCACCCCCCCCGCCGCCUCCAUGGCCACCUCGCCCUCCUCCUCCUCCUCGUCCUCCUCGUCCUCCUCCUCAGCCCUGCGGGGGGCCGGGCUGACCCCCGGGGCCAAGCUGGUGUUGGCCUCAAAGCUCAGCUCCCCCGUGCCCUUCCAGAAGGACAAGGACCUCCACCAGUCCUUCGCCUCCUGGGUCAAGCAGGGGCAGGCCAGCCAGGCCGCCUCAGCCGGUAGAAGGGGAGUCUCGUCGGCCAGGGGCCCCGUCGCCCCCAGGGCUGGGCCGCUCCUCGCUGCUAAACCGCCGCUGGCCGCUAGCAGCGAGGACGAGGCGCCUGGCGUCCCCGCCGCACCCGGAGCAGGGGGCGCUCAGGACGCGGUGGGGAUCUUCCCCUCCGGACCCCCGGCCAACCUGCGCACCUACAGCACUCUGCACCCCACCACGGGGAACCUCAACCUGAGGGCCUCCACACCGAAGAUCGUGGCGUCGUACCGCUCUCCGGUCCAGGCAGCCGUGCCCGGCGUCUCUGUGUCCGGAGGUCCAGUAGCGACCCAGCAAGGUUCCCCCGGGUCGAAUGCCGGCCCCGUGCAGACCGGCCUGAUCCAGAGAACGGCCCAGGCCCCGCCCCCCUCGGCCCCGCCCCCCAGCCCCCAGCCCGGCCGGCCCCAGCAGGGCCAGGUGAAGCUCACCAUGGCCCAGCUGCUGCAGCUCACCCAGGGGGCGCAGGCGGGGAACCCGGGCCUGACGGUGGUGAUCCAGGGCCAGGGUCAGACCCAGGGCCAGCUGCAGAUCCUCCCCCAGGGGGUCACCGUUAUCCCCGCCCCCGGCCAGCAGCUGAUGCAGGCCGCCAUGCCCAACGGGGAUGUCCAGCGCUUCCUCUUCACCCCCAUGGCCACCGGCGCCACGGCCUUGCCCCCCACCGAGACCUCGGCUCCUCCCCCCGCGGCCCCGAUCCCCUCAGCCCCACCAGCACCUGUCCGGGCCCCCUGCCCCGCCCUGACUCCCAACACAACCCAUGUCCCCUCCCCAACACAGGCGAUAGCCCCGCCCCUGGUGGCCCCUCACCCGGCCCAGGGCGGGGCCCCCACCGUACCCCAGACGCGGGUGCUCACCAGACCCCCGCCCCCCCCCAUGGCGUCCCCCCCGCCCAUCUACGCACAAACCCCGACUCUGGUCCCUGGACCCGGUUCAGCACAAGCUACGGCCCCGCCCCCCCCACGCCAGGUCUUCACCGCGGUCCCGCCCCCUGCCGUGUCCUACGCCACCCCCCUGACCCCUGCCCUCACUCAGGCGCCGGCGCCCCUGCAAACGCCCGUCGGAGCCCCCGCUGUCACGACGUUCCACACCUCCCCCCUGGCGGUCCCGGCCACAGUCCCGUUCCCUGUCCGGACGCAGCCCGGCCUCACGGCGCCCCUCGCUGUCCCCUCCCCUGCUCCGGCCGCACUGCAUGCCCACGUGGCCAAGCCCCUUUACGUUCCCGUGGCGGCGGCGGUUGUCACGCCAGUCACGGCCACGGCGACCACGCCCUCAGUGCCAGCGCUGGCGGAGCUCCGGAUGGCCCAGCCCUCCCGAGAGGCGGGAGUCUGGACCCCAGCCCCCCCCCAGGCCCAGCCGGCCGCCUUCCCCACGCAGCCUCCCCCGCUGGCCCCUCUGUCCAGCCUUGGCAGCCUCCCUGCCCCUUCGUCAGCUAUCAACCACCCGGCCGCCUUCGCUUCCUCCCCCGUCAGCCCCCCGGCCCCGGCCCCGGUCCAGUCCCACCCCCUGGUCCAGCACGCCGCCCCCACACAGCAGCUCCUUCCCCAGAGUGCGGUCUCCCCCAUGCACGCCCCCCCUCAGACUCUCCUGUCCUCGUCUGUGGUCUCCCAGGCCGCUGUGAGGCCGCCGCCCCCCCAGACUCAGGCCCAGCUCCGGCCUCAGAUUCAGGUCACACAAGCCCCGCCUCUGGCCCACAUGCAGACCAUCAGAGUCCAGAUCCAGCCCCAGUCCCAGGUGGCCACGCCCGCCCAGCAGACCUCUCCACUCCCAGCUCAGGCCCCCGCCCAGACCCAGCCUCAGGUAGUGUUCCAGAACCACCAGAACCUCUCGGCGGCCCCCCUCCAGCCCCGGCUGCAGCCCCAGUAUCACCCCCAGAUCCAGGUCCAGUUCCAGUCCCAGAACGCCGCCCCGCAAGGCAAGACCCACGCCAUCAUUCAGCACCAGCAGCAGAUCCAGAUCCAGACGCAACAGCCCCUCCAGACGCAACCCCUCCAGACGCAACCCCUCCAAACACAAGCCCCCCAGCUUCAGCCCCACCUCCAGCCCCAGCAGCAGAUCCAGAUCCAGGCCCAGAUCCAGACACAACCCCUCCAGCAGCUCCAGACACAAGCCCACCUCCAGCCCCAGCAACAGAUCCAGGUUCAGACUCACAUCCAGCCCCAGCAGCAUCCGCUCCAAACACAACUCCAGCCCCAACAACAGAUCCAAGCCCACACACAGCCCCAACCACAGCAGGUCCAGACACAAGUCCUUCUCCAACCCAAGCAGCAGUUGCAGACGCAGCUUCUGCCCCAACAGCAGGUCCAAGGUCAGCUCCAGCCGGUCCAAGGCCAGCUCCAGCCGGUCCAAGGCCAGCUCCAGCCGGUCCAAGGCCAGCUCCAGCCGGUCCAAGGCCAGCUCCAGCCGGUCCAAGGCCAGCUCCAGCCGGUCCAAGGCCAGCUCCAGCAGGUCCAGUUCCAGUCCCAGCCCCACAUCCAGGUGAUCCCCCAGACCCCCCAGCAGCAGGUGGCGGUCCAGCCCAAACUGCAAGUCCAGUUCCAGCAGCAGCAGCAGACCCAGAGCCCGCUGCAGGCCCCCCAGCUCCAGGUGCAGUCCCCCCUCCGGCACCAGCUUAUCAGCGUGCCGGGCCUCCAGCAGCCCGUCCAGCUGCUGUCCGCCCUGCCGCCACACGUAGCGGCCCAGAUCCAGGCCCAGAUCCAGGCCCAGAUGCAGGCCCAGGGCGGGGCGGUGCCCCAGCAGAUCAAGCUGCAGCUCCCAAUCCAGAUCCAGCAGCCGGGGGGGCAGGUCCAGACCCACCAGAUCCAGAACCUGGUGACCAUCCAGGCCCAGGCCAGCGUGGUCCCCAGCCCGGGGGAGCUGGGCCGGCUGCAGCACCAACCGCAGCCACAACAGAACCAGCUCAAUCAACAGCAGCAGAACCAGCUCCAUCAACCACAGCCGCCGCCCAAGAAGAAGAAGAACGAGAGCAAAAGGGAGCAGAGAGAGCAGGCCCUGCUAGGCUCCAGCCCCGCAGACAGCCUCAGUAAACAGGCGACGGUGAAGCAGACGGCCUCGGAGCAGCAGAAGCAGAGGAAGAGUCUGGCGGCGGCGGAGCGCGAGGAGAACCACAGGAUGAUGGUUUGCAACCAGGUGAUGAAGUUCAUCCUGGACAAGAUGGAGAAGGACGAGAAGCAGGCGGCCAAGAAGAGGAAGAAGGAGGAGGUGGUGGAGCAGAAGCGCUCCAAGCAGAACGCCACCAAGCUGACGGCGCUGCUGUACAAACACAAGGAGCAGCUGAAGGCCGAGAUCCUGAAGAAGAGGGCGCUGCUGGACAAGGAGCUGCAGCUGCAAGUACAGGACGAGCUGAAGCGGGACAUCGUCCGGCUGCAGAGGGAGAAGGAGAAAGCGCGGGCGGCCAUCACGCAGGCCGCCGCCGCCGUCGCCAAGGCAACGCCUCGCCCCGCCCACCCCCUGACGUCGCCCCCGCCCCCGUCUUCAUCACAACCCCCCGCCCACUCCUCCCACAAACGCAAGCGGGAGGAGGAGCGGAGCCGGGAGAGAGACAAGCACCGCGAGAAGAGCAAGAAGAGGGACAAGGAGAGGGAGAGAGACCGGCCCCCGGAGAAAGACCAGCCCCCGGAGAGAAACAGGCCCCUGGAGAGGGAGAGACCCCCCCCGGACAAGGAGAGACGCUCGGACAAGGAGAGGCCCGCGGAGAGGGAGAAGGAGAAAGACAGGCCCCCCGAGAGGGAGAGGGAGAGAGACAAGCAGCGGGAGAGACCGCGGGACAAGGAACGGGCGGAGCGGGACCCCCUGAAGCACAAGAAGAAGAAGGGGCUCUCGGCCUCAAGGGACCACAAGAAGGAGGCCAAGCUGUACUGCCUCUGCAGGACGCCCUACGACGAGGCCAAGUUCUACAUCGGCUGCGACCUGUGCUCCAACUGGUUCCACGGCGUGUGCGUGGGCAUCACGGAGAAGGAGGCCAAGAAGUUGGAGGACUUCGUGUGUCCGGGCUGCAGGCGGGGCCAGCAGGGGGGCGCUGCUGCCGACACAGGAAGCUUUCCCGAGGCCGCAGGAAGUGGGACGGAGGCGGGAGACGGGCCCAAGGCGGGAAACUGUCCAGAGACGGGAAGUGCUCAGGAGACAGGAAGUGCCCCCGAGAUGGUCGUCGUGGUGGAGGAAGUGGGCGGCGGCCAGGAGCUGUACUGCAUCUGCCGGACGCCCUACGACGAGACACAGUUUUACAUCGGCUGCGACCGCU